AUGGCGUCCGAGGGUCGCUGCUGGGAGACCCUGCAGGCACUGCGCUACUCCAACAAAGGCCGGCUCUCUUACCACCGCAACCCGCUGGUGUGGGGCGAGGAUGAUUUGGAAGCGUGUAUGCCUCUCCCCAAGCUCUCUUCUUACUCUGGAUGGGUGGUUGAUCAUGUCCUACCCCAUAGGCAACAGAGCCCACCUCCUUCGGAGGCACCAACCUCAUCCACCUCGGCAAGAUACCCAGCUUCCUUUCUUCCCACGUCUUCCAUCGGAAACCCUGUUUUCACGCCAGUCAUCCCUGCAACACCCCCAGAUGACACCGAGGGCAAACAUGAGACCAAGCCGACAGAAACUACGGUACUUCUGGCCUCUCGGGGGAUCAAAGCGGAAGGCUGCAUCCGACGGUAUGAGCUCGUGCACACAACGAAAGGAACCGAGAGCCUGAGGCAGUGGCAGGAGGAGCAGGAGAAGAAGGUGCGAGCCCUCUCUGAGAUGGCAUCGGAACAACUGAAGCGCUUUGACGAACAGAAGGCACUGGAGCGCCACAAAGAACGCCAGCGCUUCCGGCAAGUGAUGGAGAAGAGUCCCAGAGAAGCCCUGUGGCAGCGGGAAGAGGCAAAAGCUGAGCACGGUCACAGAGCAGAGAUCCGCGACCCAAAGCAGCGGGGGGAAGAGCGAGAGCGCCUGAAGCAAACGGAGCAGGAGCGACUUCGGAAGGAAGAAGGCCAGGUCCGCCUGCCGAGCCUCUAUGCCCUGCGCCUCCACCAGCGGCUGGCCACCUCUGACCAGCACAGAGACCAGCUUGACAUCGACCGGUCUGCCAUCCGGACCCGAGGCAGCCAGCCGUGCACUCUCAUCUCAGGGAUCGUUGGGGCUACUUCUGAGAAUGGCUUUCCUACAGCCGAGGACCAAGUUGCGGCUGAGCGAGCUCGGCAGGAAAUGCACGGCCUCCUUACUAACGUGCAGCAGGAGACCACCCGGGCCCGUGAGGACACGCGCAGGCAAGACCAAGACGAGGCCCAGGUAAAGCAGCGAGAGUCACAGACGCCGCAGGGACCAGAGGUCCCCCCAGAGUCCCCAGCUCCCAGCCAGGGCCCAGCAGGGAAACCGAAUGAAGAUCUCCAGGUGAAGGUACAAGACAGUACAAUGCAAUGGUACCAGCAGCUGCAGGAUGCUUCCAGACAGUGUGCGUUGGCCUUCGAGGGGCUGGCCAGCAGCACGGACCGUCAGGCCAGAAAGAUCAAGAUGGACCUACAGAAGUCUGCCACCAUCCCAGUGAGCCAAAUCUCCACACUUGCAGGCUCCAAGCUGAAGGAGAUCUUCGACAAGCUCCACAGCCUGCUCUCUGGAAAACCUGUUGAAUCUGCUGGGCGCACGUUGUCGCUCACACUUAGCCCACAGGGACUGGAUUUUGUCCAGUACAAACUGGCAGAGAAAUUUGUGAAACAAGGAGAAGAGGAAGUGGCCUCUCAUCACGAAGCAGCAUUCCCCAUCGCCAUCGUGGCAGCUGGGAUCUGGGAGCUCCACCCCAGGGUGGGAGAACUUCUUCUCGCUCAACUACAUAAAAAGUGUCCUUACUCAGUUCCUUUCUAUCCAGCUUUCAGGCAGGGAAUGUCCUUGGAGGACUAUCAGAGAAUGCUUGGCUACCAAGUGAAGGAUUCCAAAGUGGAGCAGCAGGACCACUUUCUGAAACGCAUGUCUGGGAUGAUCCGUCUCUAUGCGGCCAUCAUCCAGCUCCAGUGGCCAUAUGGAAACCGGCAAGGGGCCCACCCUCAUGGCUUAAAUCAUGGCUGGCGCUGGUUAGCACAGAUCUUGAACAUGGAGCCCCUGGCUGAUGUGACAGCCACCCUCCUCUUUGACUUUCUGGAGGUGUGUGGGAAUGCCCUCAUGAAACGCUACCAGCUCCAGUUCUGGAAGGUGAUACUUCUCAUCAAAGAGGACUACUUGCCCAGAAUUGAAGCCGUCACAAGCACACGACAAAUGGGUUCCUUCGUACGCCUCCGGCAGUUCUUAGAGAAAUGUUUGCUGCACGAGGAGAUUCCCGUCCCCAAGGGCUUUCUGCAAACUUCCUUCUGGCGCUCCUGA